GACACAUGCGUGUACAAGCGCCGCACGCGCAGCUCGUCUAGCGCAGACCGCGAGUCCAUGGCGGGACCCCCACGUGAAUCCAUGGCCGUAACGAUGUAUGACGACGACAGCUCCCGGGAGUCGAUGGCGAGCACGAGCCGCGAAUCGUUCUCACUCCGACAGUCCUUCUCCCGCACCUUUGGCGGCAAGAAGCAUCAUUGAUGACCUGUUUAACAAACUUAAUGAAUGUGGAUGUAGCCCCGU